UAGGGUUUAAUAGUAGCUAGCAUCUUCUUCAUUUUCUCUCUACAGAUUUCAAACCUGCGCUUACGAUUCUGAACCUUGUCUUUCUCCUGUUCGAACUGUUUUCUGGAUCAAUUCGCGUUUCUCACCGAUUCCGAAUUGUGUGACGAAUGGCGGAGAUUCAAACGGAAACUCCGCCGCCGGAUCCAGCACAAUCUUCUUCUCUUUUUAGCAGAAAAAUUGAAUUCGUGCCUAUCAGAAAACCCUUCAAUGGGUUUUCCAAUGAUUUUCACCUUGAAACGCUUAAUCCUUCAACCUCUGGAGCAGCUCGUAAACCUUCUUCCGCUUCCGCUCUCAAAAAGCAUGACUCGGAAUACUCAGAUUUUGGCUUAGAUCCAGAGCUCAGCUUCGGGAUGAUGACCUUUAGAAGAAUAGGAGCUGGGUUGCAAAAUCUGGGAAACACUUGCUUUCUGAAUUCAGUACUACAAUGUUUGACAUACACAGAGCCUCUAGCUGCAUACCUGCAAAGUGGCAAGCAUAAGACUUCAUGCCGCGUUGCUGGAUUUUGCGCUCUCUGUGCAAUACAGAAUCAUGUUAGUCGUGCACUGCAAGCAUCUGGGAAGAUAUUGUCUCCUCAAGCCCUGGUUGGAAAUCUACGUUGCAUAUCACGUAAUUUUAGAAAUGCAAGGCAGGAGGAUGCACAUGAGUAUAUGGUGAACUUACUUGAGUCCAUGCAUAAAUGCUGCCUACCUUCUGGAGUACCAAGUGAAUCACCUAGUGCUUAUGAUAAAAGUUUGGUUCAUAAGAUUUUUGGCGGGCGUCUUCGGAGUCAGGUGAAGUGCCAAGAGUGUUCUUCUAGCUCCAACAAGUUUGAUCCAUUCUUAGAUUUAAGUCUUGAAAUAUCCAGGGCAGAUUCAGUGCAAAAAGCACUUGUCAAUUUCACAGCCAAAGAAUGGUUGGAUGGAGGCGAGAGGGAAUACAAUUGUCAACGAUGCAAGAAGAAAGUUAGAGCUCUCAAACAAUUAACAAUACACAAGGCACCUUAUGUGCUAACCAUUCAUCUAAAGCGGUUUCACGCUCAUGAUCCUGGGCAAAAGAUUAAAAAGAAGGUUCAGUUUGGCUGUGCACUGGAUUUAAAACCUUUUGUCAGUGGUUCAUAUGAUGAAGAUUUGAAGUACUCUUUAUAUGGGGUUCUGGUUCAUUCUGGUUCUAGCACUCAUUCUGGCCACUAUUUCUGCUAUGUUCGCACUUCAAAUAAUAUGUGGUAUACCUUGGACGACAACCGGGUUAGUCAUGUUAGUGAGCGGGAAGUUUUGAAUCAACAAGCUUAUAUGCUGUUUUAUGUUCGUGAUCGUAAAAGUAUUGUUUCAAGGAAGUCCCUUGACAUCGUGAAGAAUGGAAUUAGAGAUUCUUCAACUUCAAAUCAUGUAUCGAAAGAAUAUCCAAAUGGUCUUGUAGAACCUUCCCUGUCUGCUGAAACUAUGAAGAAUAUGUCAAAUGCUGAUUUGUUAGAGGUAUCUGUUUUGAAGGAGCAAAAAUCUAGUGUGAUAUUAGCAGAAAGCAGGAAGCAAGAUAAGAAACCUGCAUCUGAACUUUCUUCCUGCGCACAGAUAAAGAAGGACUCACCACAAGGCAUGUCAUCAGUAGAUCAAUCCAAAAAAGACAAUCAUGUCUCUACUGAUCUGAAAUGUCUGGCUGCACCUGUUGUUGACAAAACUAAUAUGUGCAAUAAGAAUGAAAUUUUGAAAGACGACACUAAAGAUUCAAUAGUGCCAGACUUCAUUAGUCAGUAUCCUGAGAAAACUUUUGUCACAAAAGAUGCUCAAGAUUCAAGUACAAAUUUGUCAAUAAGCACCAGCCCUAUAACUUCAUUAAUUCAACCAGAAGUUAACCGUCAGGCUGGAGCUUCUGCAACUGGCUCAAUGCCUACAAAAGCUGGUAUAGUUGAAAAUGUGGUUGCUUCUCAAGCACUGGUUCUUAACAAGCCAGUAAGUAGAUCGUUGGAUAUGGAGAGACUUAAACAAAAGUAUGUGAAAAAAUCUAAAAAGAAAUUUCUGAAGUAUCAGGCAUCGAGCAUGCAUCUUCGGCCCAUCUUCCUUUACAUGACAUAUACAGGUCAAUGGAAGAAGAAAAAUCAUAAAAGAUGUAAAUGCCGCAAGUUGAGUAUGAAGAAUACAUAUAAAGAAAAGUUGGUUAAACAUGUCCGUGUAUCAAGUUGUCUUGAAAGUAAAGCAACCAAGGCUGGUUAUAGAAAGUUUAAUGAUCAAUCUCCGAUGGAAAUUGACACAUUCAGAAAGAGAGUUGAUGAGAACUGUGCUUUACUUGCAACCCCUCAGUCAUCUGGGUGUAGUACAGUUGUAAAUCAGUUUGCAGCUACACAAGCUUAUAGUCUUCAAGAUGGUAAAAGAGAUCAAAUGCAUAAUAGUUUAAUGAGUAUGCUUACUCGAGGAUUGGAGGAGACAGUUGUUGCACGUUGGGAUGAUGUAGAAAUAGCUUCAUCUCGGGUCAUGGACUCAAGGAAUGACAAAAUUAAGGACAUUGGAUAUGUUGGGGAUGAAUGGGAUGAAGAAUUAGAUAAGGGGAAGAGGAAGAAGUUAAGGACCUUCAAACACAGCUUUGAUGGACCAAAUAUUUUCCAAGAAAUUGCUACUGAGAAAUUCAAGUCGAAAAGGGCCAAGUUAGACCACUCUAGCUCAGCGAACCCUCCAUUUAGGAUAUGAUUCCAAAACUUCUAUCGCCGCCUGUGAGCUUCUUGUAUCAAUUAUUGAUUUGUCAAAUGCUGAAAAUAUUGUGAAGAGAGCACCUACAUUAUUCUUUUUCUUCAGUGCAAAAUUUUGUGAUGAUCUCUGGGGCAACCCGUGGGACAUUUCUCUCCCUAGACAAGUAUUAGUAUUAGCUACAUGUUCUAGAAAUGAAAUGAAACCCAUUGUAUUGCUGUUGUAGUAGCAGCUACGUUUCUGUGGCUAAGAAAUUUUGUUUAUGAAUUCUUUUUUGUUAA